AUGUUACGUAAAAGUCAUUUAAGAGGCAAAAUUCAACAUCGUGUACCUGAAUUUGAAAUCAUUGAUAAUGAUGAAACAGCACACAUAGGAAGAAUCUAUCCAUUUUCAACUGAUCUCGAGCGAUCUGAAUAUGGAAGAGCGGUAGCUAUGAAGAUUUCAAAUACGAUGACAGUUGAAGUAAAAGCUAUGCUAUUAAUGGCAACACUUAUUGUUAAAGCACGACUCGUUUAA